GACACGAAGCUUUACCGUGUUUAUCCUUUAAAUAUCAUUACAUAUCAAAUUUUAGAUUGGCUCAGCAAUCGUACAGUUUAUCGACAACAACGUAGUUAGUUGUCUCUCGCGUUCUCCGCUUCAUUGUGAAGUGGCCAUGUGUACAUGUGGCAUUUAAACAAGCAAGCCAUCAAGCCAUAGAUGUCGUCACUAUGGUUACAGAGAACUAUGAACUUAAUUUUGGCCCCUUUUAUUUUUUAUAUUUUUCAAGACUGCAUGAUUAUACGAUUAUAAUUUUGAGUACCGGAUAAUUAUAAUUCUACAAUUUCAUUUAAAUGACGAACGAACACAAAGCACUACAUUAACCAUCAGGCUUUGCAGGGGCGUGGUUUUCUUGUUGCCUGGCAACGCCUCCAAACUAAAACGGACUUGGGCAGUCAGAAAAUUACAACGCCAAAUUUAGAAGCGGACAUGAAAUAUAAGUCAAAGUAAAAACGUAAAAACGUUUCGAUUAAAAAAACGGAGCAGCAGUUUUAACAACUGAAAUGUCGGAAGAAAACAUAACUUCUGUUGGUGAACAGACUGAGAGCACACAGACAGCUUCACAGGAAAACACUGAAGUGAUGCAGCAGGAGGCUGAAGAAGAAUCAAGAAAGCAGCCCUCUGCGUACUACAAGUAUGAGGAACUUCACUCCAGAGCGUUCAUCACACCCGAUUCUGAAAUCCCAGAGAACCUCCUGCACCUCUGUCACUCCUUUGGCUACGACAGCCGUCGCAGGGGGAACCUGCAGCUGCUGGAUGACAGAACUCUGAUCUUUAUAGCAGGUAACAUGCUCGUCCUGCUGGAUGUUUCCACCAAGGAGCAGAGAUACCUCCGCUCCUGCAGCGGAGGAGGAAUCGGCUCCAUCGCGGCACAUCCUACCAAGGAGUGCUUUGCUGUGGCAGAGAAGGGAAACCAGCCCAACAUCAUUGUAUAUGAAUAUCCCUCAUUACGACCGUUCUGCAUCCUCAGAGGCGGUACAGAGAGGGCGUACAGUUUUGUAGACUUUAACCAUGACGGGAGUCUGUUGGCCAGCGUGGGGAGUGCCCCCGACUACAUGCUGACGCUGUGGGAUUGGAGGCGUGAGGAGGUGGUGCUGAGCUGCACGGCCAUUUCUCAGGAGGUCUACAGAGUCAGCUUCUCUCCAUACAACCCGGGACUGCUCACGUCAUCGGGAUCUGGACACAUCAAGUUCUGGAAAAUGGCCAGUACAUUCACAGGUCUUAAAUUGCAAGGGCUUAUGGGAUAUUUUGGGGAAACUGCAGCGACUGAUAUCGAGGGCUACGUGGAACUUCCUGAUGGAAAGGUGGUUUCCGGCUCAGGCUGGGGCAACUUGCUGCUGUGGGAAGGGAACGCCAUCAAGGUGGAGAUUUGUCGUGAGGGGGGCCGGAACUGCCACGCUGGGAUGGUCCAGCCGUUUGCCCUGGAAGACGGAACGCUGAUGACGAUUGGCUAUGAUGGAGCGGUCCGGGUCUGGGACUUCGACACUAUCGACACUGCUGACAGCACCAGCGACAGCAGCAGGUUUGAGCUGGAGCCCAUAAAUGAGAUGGUGCUGGGACACAACGUCUGCCUCUCCUCUGUGGUGAAGAGCUCCCUGCAUGACUCCAUCUGUUUUGCUCAGGAUACCAGCGGAGCCAUCUGGAAACUGGAUCUUUCAUUCAAAAACAGGAAUCCUGAUCCAGAGUGCCUGUUUACCUUCCACGCCGGGGCCAUCCAGGGCCUGGACGUGUCCAGGAAGUCCCACCUGAUGGCCACAACCGCUCUAGACCGUUCAGUGAAAGUUUUCGACUUCCUGGCAAAGAGAGAGCUUACCUCCAGUUGCUUCAGUCAGGGUGGAACUACGCUCAGCUGGGCUCCACCUUUGGUGAACCAAAGUGGAAGUUUGCUGGUGACAGGCUUUGAGGACGGGGUGGUGCGGUUACUGGAGCUGUACGACCCUCAGAGGCUGAACGUGGUCGCCGGGCGCAUCUCCAAAGGAGACGGCAAGCUGCGCCUCAAACAGGCCUUCAAACCACACAUUUCCCCUGUAACUGCUGUUGCAUAUGAGCGAAAUGGGGAGAUCUUAGCCACGGGGAGCUCCGACAGCACUGUGUUCUUCUUCACUGUCGGAGAAAAAUACAACCCCAUCGGCUUUGUCCGCGUACCCGGGCCGGUGCAGGCGCUGGAGUGGUCGCCUCACUCUCACAGGGAAAACAGGCUGCUCAUCCUGUGUCAGAGCGGUCAUGUAGUUGAGGUGCACAGUCCUGAUCCAGAGGCCCAGAGGCCCAACAAAACCUUCCAGCUGCCUGAACUGACCAGCAGAUCUUUCAGGUUCAGGAGCAUCAAAUCUCAAAUCAAGAGAGACGAGGAAAUCGCAAGACGUCAAGCCGUAAAGGAGAAGAGGAAGAAGGAAAGAGAAGAGCGGUUGAAAGAAUCAACGCAGCACGACUUAGAGCCAGAAGAAGAAGAGGAGGAGGAAGAGGAAGAGUUGCCCUCUGUCUACAUCCCCAAGCCGCCAAGUCCUCUCUACUGUGGCUUCUACUCACAGCCUGGCCAGUUCUGGCUCUCCAUGGGUGGCUUUGACUCAGGUUUCCUGUAUCACUGUAAGUUCUCUGAGAAGCAGGACCAGGAUCCAGUCCAGCGGCAGGAUGAGCCCUUUGACUUCCUGACUGUCCACAACGCAGACGCCGACCCCAUUCGCUCCUUCACCUUCAGCUACAACAGGCAGCUGCUGCUCUGCGGCAUGCACUCAGGCUUCAUCAGGGUUUACCCUCUGCAGCCCGGCGACCACAGCCUCGCCUCCAUGCAGGCUUACUGGGCUCUCAGUGUCCACGACUGCCAGUACGGACACCUGCGGCACAUUCGCUGUAGCCAUGACGACAACUUUGUGCUGACGGCGGGAGAUGACGGGAACAUCUUCUCCUUCAGCCUGCUCCCUCCAGAGGAGCUGCAGAAAGGCCUGCAGAGAAAGGAGGCCACGGUUCCUUCACCCAGGGUGAGUCUUGAAAAUGAGGCGUUGGCCCUGGACAUUGACGACCCAGCAGCCUACAGCAUAGAGACUGCUAAACAGAAGCUGGAGAAGGACCGUCUGCGGCAAGAGGCCGAGCUGAAAAUUGCGGCGAAGCGGAAGAAGCUGGCUGAGCUCCAGGAGAAGUUUAAACAGGUGCUGAUCACCAACCAGAGCCUGCCGGAGCAUGUUCGUCUGUCGCCUGCGGAGCUGCAGCUGGACCCACGUUUCAGUGAGCAGGCAGAGAGGGAGAAGGCCCGGCGGGUGAGAGAAGUCAGAAAGCAGAUGGCCUGGGAGGAGGAGCGCUGCAGCAUAGCACUCAGCAAAGUGCAGGACUGGUUCAAGAGUUUGGGGGGCUUCGUGGUCACUGUGGUCGCCAUCGGCACCGACCACAGAGUCUCCACCUACCGUCUGCCGACACUCGCCGACACUUCGACCCAGCUCAGACAUCAGAGGACACCUGACGGAGCCGCUGCACCAGAACGCAGAAAAUCCAGAGCUGAGCCUGCAAAAGAAAGCAGCAUAUUGGACGAGGAGGAGGUGCUACGGCCCCUGGCGGCUCAUCCAGCAGGGAUAAAGCUGAGCGAUCGGCAGGUCGAGAGGCUCCGAAAGGCUGCGGAGAAAGCUGAACAAGCUCAAGCAAAGAUAGAGAAGAAGAAGCAGAAAUGGGCACAACUUUACGCAGAGAAGCCAGACGAGAACUACGAGGAUCCGCAGGAUGUGCAGGCCAUCCGCCAAGCCAAAGAGAACAUCGGAGAGUUAAAGCUGAAGUCAUCGAGUCAAGACUUCACGCUGACACCGAAACACCUGUGGAUGAACACUGAGAGGAAGAGAGCAGAGCUGAUAGGCCUGGAGAAAGAUAUCCGUGAGAAGCAGGUGGAGAUGAAUGGACGGAUCGUGGCGUUGCGGGACUCCAAGGUCCGCCUGGUGUCUCAGUUGCACACUCAGGCUCAGCAGGUCCUGAAGGUCCAACAGCAUCUGCAGGUCAAUCUCCACCGCCCUCUACCAGCCCUGCCGGUCACACUACCAGAGGAAACCCCAGAGAAAAAGCUGUGUUACAGCCGCGCUACCCUGGAGCGAUACCGGCGUCUGAGGGAACAGAGGUACAGGAGCCAGGAGCAGGAGGGAGUUACAAGUUUAUUAGAGCAGCUGGAGAAGGAGAUGGAAGGAGAGGAGGGGACGGAGGAAGAAGAAGGAGAGGAGAGAGAAGAGGAAGGGACAGCAGUGGAGGAAGGAGCAGAGCUGAGUGACCUGGAGGAGGAGCUCCGGAGGGAGGAGGAGAUCAGACUGCUGCAUGAGCAGGACUCUCUGCUGGAGCAGAUGGAGAGUUCGGUGUGUCAGUUUGACGCCGAGCUCCUGCUGCUGCGUCACCAGAAGCUGCGUCUGGACUGCCAGCUGAAGAUGGCGGACCUCAGUCAGCUGACGCUCUACCAGGAGCUGCUCAUCCUCAAGGAGUUCGAGAGCAGGGAGGACAGCCUGCAUGAGAAGCUCAACACACGCAUUAAGGAGGAGAUCAGCAUCACGUCUAAGCUGGAGGAGUGUAAUGAACAGCAGGAACUGAAACGUGGAGAGACAGCCAAGCUUCAGGAGAGGGCGAGGGCUCUGAUUGCCGCCUUCAACGCCUCGCUGGGCGAAGACAACAAGUUUGAAGAGUUUCUGACCAAAGUUUUCAUGAAGAAUAUCAAACGUGUGAAGAAGCAGCAGACGGGAAAUGAAGAAGAAGAGGACAGUGAUGAAGACUCUGAGGAAGAUGAUGAUGAUUAUGACUAUGACAGCGGCUCGGAGGAGGGAGGAGUUGCUUUGGACAGCAGUGUUUGCCCUCGAGGCUGUGAGUUACAGUUGUUUGAGAACACACUGCAGCUGCGUGAGCGUCGGCUGGACCUUAAGGAACUGCUGGAGGAGGAGAAGAAGAGUGCUGAUGCUCUGAAGAAGGAGCGCGACACCCUCGCCAAGAAGGAGGAAUCGGUGAAGAGCAGUCGGAAGGCAGCAGAGGACGAAUUGGAAUUUGUCAACAGGGAGAAACAGCAGAAAAUGAACGAUCUGGAUGUGGUGGUUCCUCUCAGACUGCACCAGAUUGAGUUUGUUAUUGACGGCUCGAUGCCGUCCGACCUGAGCUCAGCGUUGUUGCUGGACAAGAAGGAGCUGAACAGGCUGCAGGAGCACAUCGAGCAGUUGCAUGCGGAGAAGAGCCAGCAGAGAGAUCUGUGGAAUGAUGCACGCAAGGAGUACGUCGGGCUCAUCCAUGACCGCAAGAAAAUGAAAGCCCACAUCCUGGUGCUGGAGAAGCAGUGCAACGAGCUGAUGAUGAGGAGGUUUGGGAGGCUGGUGGAUGUGGACGUUCUGCAGACGCUGUCAGGGAACAGGAAGCUGGAGGAGCUCAGGCAGGAAAAACUCCUCCGAGAAGCUGCACACGCCAAGGAAAUCAAACAGUGGGAUGUGAAGGUAGACAAGGCGCGUCAGGCUCUGAUGGAGGUGACCAAGUAUAACUCAGAGAUUCUCCUCCGCAAGACGAGCCUCUUAGACCAGACAAGAGAACUGGACCAUAAACUCAACGCUAGGCAGAAGAAAAAGGGCAGAGAGUUCCAGGACCACAGGAGUCGUGUGGACCAAGAGGAGAUUUGGAAGCUCCAGGAGCUGAUAAAAACACAAUCGCAGCAGGCUGAGGCUCUCAGGAGAGAGAUCGGUCUCCUGUCUCGUAAAGGAGGCCACGUCCUGCCCCCCGUCCAGGCCCCGCUGCCCCCUGUCAAGGCUCUGCUGCCCCCUGUCAAGGCCCUUCUGCCCCCCGUCAAGGCCCGGCUGCCCCUACUCGGCCACUUGCCCAACACCACAGGACGCACCCACGACAGCAAACAAAGACCAGGGCUUCCAUUCAGACAGCUUAAAGCACAACACUCAGCCAGCAGACCGGGAGCUAACUGACAGAGCGCUCUGCUUACUUAGAGAACCUUCUUGAAUUGAUGAGUUGUUAAUCUUAAGAUUAAGGAGUCUCUGUCUGGAUGUCUGUCCUUCAAUUUUCUCGACAGCCGUUGAUACGAUUGACUUUACACUUGGUGUGUGUAUUGCUGUGAAGUACAGUGUGGAGUGUGAGCUCGAGCUCUAUGGGACAUAUAUCUUAGUAGUGUGUUAUCUCCACACCGUGUAGUGUGUUGAGAGGAGACCCCUAUUAACUGUUACACCGCCGAAGGGCACAGCUCGCUCUGAUGGUUGCUGCAAUAUUAAAGGUAUAAUAUGUAACAUUUCAGCAUUAAAUUGUCUAAAAACAGCUACACCUGUUA